AUGAGCUCACCAACUAUUGUGACUACUGCACUAUUCGAAUGGCUCGAAUCCAAUGGAACUACAAACAACUUGUUAGAUAUUCGAUAUCUAAAUACCUCUGAAGGUCACGGUGUUUUUGCAAAGCAGUCACUAACCAGUGGUCAAGUGACACUGCAAGUUCCUUUUAAACUCACGAUGAACAUUGAGUCUGCCACCCAAUCGGAACUUGCUGCUGUGCUUAAGAAAUACCCAGGGAUUCCAGACGAUGAGGUCCUGGCCAUGCAUUUGAUGCACGAGAGAAACAAAGGCAUUGAGUCAUUCUUUGCACCGUAUAUUGCAUCGUUACCAACCACGUUCGAUCUGCCUGUCUUCUGGUCGGAUGUAGAGUUAAACGAGCUGAAAGGCACAAAUGUGCUGCUGCUAACACAAUUAAUGAAGAACCGGCUAGAGAGAGACUUCGAAAACAUUCAUAAACCAGUGAUUGAAGACUUUCCAGAUAUUUUUGCGUCACGACCGAUGCUGACUCUGGAAGACUAUACGUGGGCGAUGAGUGUGAUCUGGAGUCGCGCGUUUGGCGUGAGUAAGGGUGAGAAAUACCUGCGUGUGCUGUGUCCAGCGAUGGACAUGUUCAACCAUGACGUGAGCUUGCAAAACCCUCUGGAUGAUUUUGUUUCGUUUGACGAGGAGAAGCACAUGAUGACGCAUCAUGUACCGACAGCGGUAACGGCUGGAUCUGCAUUGUGCAUUAGCUAUGGGCAGUAUACAAACGCAAAGCUGUUAUAUUCGUACGGAUUCAUUGCACCCAAAAAUUCUUGUCGGGCGGUGGAUUUCUGGAUAAAGAUCCCACCGACGGAUCCGUAUUUGAAGCUGAAGCAAACUGUUCUUGAAUCGAACGAGCUUACCAGUGAGCAAACGUACGACUUUUGCGGCACCCUCUUUAGGAAUGAUGUUGAUGAAAGGCUGCUAGCUACGCUGCGCGUGAUUCUGAUGGACAAACAGGAGAUUCAGUUGUACAAGACGGCUUUUGAAUCGACGAUCAUCAGCGCUCGCAAUGAAUUGGCAGUAUACGAAAACCUUCAGAAUGCGUGCCGCCGCAAGCUUGCGAGCUAUCUAACAACACUUGAAGAAGACGAGGCGAUAUUGGCUGAAUUGGAGGUGGAGACAAAUCCUCGCCUGUCAUUUGCAGUUCGAGUGCGCAUUGAAGACAAGCAAGUGUUUACAGAAGCUACUAAGACACUCGAGAGAUGGAAACAGGCCCUAGCUUCCAACCCAGAAACAUACCCACCUAGCACCACACGAUCGUAG